UCCGCCCUAUACACGGAAGCUCUAUAACUCCAUACUCCCGAAGUCCUCACGCGCUCACUCACUGCCUUGCCUGGCCACGGUGUCUGCAGCGUGCUCUCCGUUUCAUCCGCCUUGUUGGACCAAAGGACACAAGCGCGUUUAAACUCGCUUCAACAAAUCGUGGAAAAUGUCUUCUACCCUCCAGAAACUCAUCACCCCCCUGGCCGAGGGCCCCGCUGAGCCCCCCAGGAACAAAGUGACCGUUGUGGGCGUCGGCAUGGUGGGGAUGGCCUGCGCCGUCAGCGUCCUGCUCAGGGAUCUGGCUGAUGAGCUGGCCCUGGUCGAUGUGAUGGAGGAUAAGUUGAAGGGAGAGAUGAUGGACCUGCAGCACGGCAGUCUGUUCCUUAAGACGCCAGUCAUCGUGGCCGACAAGGACUACGCAGUGACGGCCAACUCCCGCGUGGUGGUGGUGACCGCUGGCGUGCGCCAGCAGGAGGGCGAGAGCCGCCUGAACCUGGUGCAGAGGAACGUCAACAUCUUCAAGCACAUCAUUCCCCAGAUCGUCAAGUACAGCCCCAACUGCAUCAUCAUUGUGGUUUCCAACCCAGUGGACGUGCUGACCUAUGUCACCUGGAAGCUGAGCGGGCUGCCCAAGCACCGCGUGAUUGGCAGCGGCACCAACCUGGACUCUGCCCGCUUCCGCUACCUGAUGGCCGAGAGGCUGGGCAUCCACUCCAGCAGCUUCAACGGCUGGAUCCUGGGAGAGCAUGGAGAUACCAGCGUGCCCGUGUGGAGCGGCACCAAUGUGGCCGGCGUGAACCUGCAGAAGCUCAACCCCGAGAUGGGCACCGACGGAGACAAGGAGAACUGGAAGGAGGCCCACAAGAUGGUGGUCGACAGUGCUUACGAGGUGAUCAAGCUGAAGGGCUACACCAACUGGGCCAUUGGCCUGAGCGUGGCUGACCUGACAGAGAGCCUGGUGAAGAACAUGAAUAGGGUCCACCCCGUCUCCACCAUGGUCAAGGGCAUGUAUGGCAUCAAUGAUGAGGUGUACCUGAGCCUGCCCUGUGUGCUGAACAGCACCGGCGUGUGCAGCGUGGUCAACAUGACGCUGACCGACGACGAGAUCGGCCAGCUCAAGAAGAGUGCCGACACACUCUGGGGCAUCCAGAAGGACCUGAAGGACAUUUAGAGUCAUGCUCUUGUACAUGCCAUACAUAUACCCAGAGAAUCUCACACACACACACACAUACAGUAUCUCAGUCUGAUUUAAAAAUUUAAAUCGCUCACACUCUGAGCUACACUCCUGCCCUGACUGAGUGGUCACACUCUACACCCAAUAACACACACACGCUUGUUCCAAGUAGCACUCCCGAUCUCACACACUCCAAGGACAUGACACAUGCACACACACUCCUAGCUGUUCUCUGUGACGGAUGUUCACCCUUGCAUCUCCGUCCAACCCUCCUUUGCCCGUAGACUUCCAUUUUGGACGUGAUUGCAUUGGUCAUUGUGUUGUUUUGCUUAGUGGUUUCUCAAUUGCACCCCACCACCACCACCACCACCAUGAAGGAAACAUCGUUGGAUGUCUCAUUAAGCUGGUGUAAGAAACCAAGAAUGUGAGCUUUGCCACCCAACGUCCUCCCUAUGAGCGUUGCAGUGUAGGGGCCAGAAUCUCAGUCUAUCUCCCUUCCAGCCUCUUGUAUUCUACUCCAGCAGUGUACUUGUAGACACACACACAGCAGCAGUAGCGCUUUGUUGAUCCCAGGUAUGAGGAAGAGGAUGAUUUUUUUUUUCGGGCACUCCACUGUAUCCUAUUUGUUGGGUCAAUAAGGAGGUCUGCCAAGGUGGAGGUGAACAAACAUGGUCCUUUUUUAAAAAAUCAAAAUGUAGAUGCCAUUCACGCUGUUGAAUGUGUUUAAAGCUGACAACACUGAUGUUUAAGUUAAUAAAGAUGUAAGCGGAAUUAA